CGUCCCCUCCGGCCCUGGGACAGCUACGUGCAGAGCCUUCUGCGUCCAGGGGUGCUGUUCACACCCAGACGGAGCGCGGCACUCGGCCCACCCGACCCGGAGAGCAGGCUGCCCCCCGCUGUCGGGCCAGCCCCACGCGUCCUCUGCUUCCCCCAGGCCGGCCCCGCGCAGCCCAGCACCCCACCCCAGCCUGCGCUCCAAAGCCGGGCCCCCGUCACCGCUCACCUGCCGCCUCUGGUCCAAUGCCCGCCCUCCUCAGUCGAGGGUCUCCAGCAGACCCCCACUGCCCGCUGGCCAGCCCAGUGAAGGGCGGAUGAUCGGAUGAUCGAGGCUUCCGGGGCUGCAGGGAGAGCCCUGGACGUCAGCAUCGAUACCGGGGACCCGCCCUCCAGUCACGCACGUGGGAGCCGCACCCCAGCCACCAGCAGCCGAGCCGGCCUCCCACCAUCCGGAGGACAGGGAAUGACGGAGGUGGCCCCGCGGGCCUGGGGGGCGGCGGAGUGUCCCUGAGGAGGGGCUGGGCCGCCUGCCGCGGCGGGAGCGCCAUGCCAACUGGAGCGGGGGCGCCGGGGCAGGGGCUGCAGCGGGCCAUGGCCUCGCCGCCCGAGGCGCGCUGAGCGCCUCCGCCUCGCACCGGCUCCCACCGCCGGGGCACGCGUGCUUGCGUGCGUGCGUGCGUGCGCGCGUCGGGCCCGAGCCUCCCGUCUCGGCAUCGUCUCAGCAUCGUCGUCGUCGUCCGAGCUCCCCCCGCGGCUGGUGGGCCCCCGGUGCUGCCCGGCCGGACCAUGGGAUGCCGGCAAAGCUCAGAGGAGAAAGAGGCGGCCCGGCGGUCGCGGCGCAUCGACCGCCACCUGCGCUCGGAGAGCCAGCGGCAGCGGCGCGAGAUCAAGCUGCUGCUGCUGGGCACCAGCAACUCGGGCAAGAGCACCGUGGUGAAGCAGAUGAAGAUCCUGCACAGCGGAGGCUUCAACCUGGAGGCCUGCCGCGAGUACAAGCCGCUGAUCGUCUACAACGCCAUCGACUCGCUCACGCGCAUCGUGCGCGCCCUGGCCGCGCUCAAGAUCGACUUCCACAACCCCGACCGCGCCUACGACGCCGUGCAGCUGUUCGCGCUCACGGGCCCGGCCGAGAGCAAGGGCGAGAUCACGCCCGAGCUGCUGGGCGUCAUGCGGCGGCUGUGGGCCGACCCCGGCGCGCAGGCCUGCUUCGGCCGCUCCAGCGAGUACCACCUGGAGGACAACGCGGCGUACUACCUGAACGACCUGGAGCGCAUCGCCGCGCCCGACUACGUGCCCACCGUGGAGGACAUCCUGCGCUCCCGGGACAUGACCACGGGCAUCGUGGAGAACAAGUUCACCUUCAAGGAGCUCACCUUCAAGAUGGUGGACGUGGGCGGCCAGCGGUCGGAGCGCAAGAAGUGGAUCCACUGCUUCGAGGGCGUCACCGCCAUCAUCUUCUGCGUGGAGCUCAGCGGCUACGACCUGAAGCUCUACGAGGACAACCAGACGAGCCGGAUGGCCGAGAGCCUGCGCCUGUUCGACUCCAUCUGCAACAACAACUGGUUUGUCAGCACGUCCCUCAUCCUCUUCCUGAACAAGAAGGACCUGCUGGCGCAGAAGAUCCGCCGCACCCCGCUGACCGUGUGCUUCCCCGAGUACAGCGGCCAGAACACCUACGAGGAGGCCGCCGUCUACAUCCAGCGGCAGUUCGAGGACCUGAACCGCAACAAGGAGACAAAGGAGAUCUACUCACACUUCACCUGCGCCACGGACACCAGCAACAUCCAGUUCGUGUUCGACGCCGUGACCGACGUCAUCAUCCAGAACAACCUCAAGUACAUCGGCCUCUGCUGAGGGGCCGGCGGGGCCCAGCCCGGGGGGGAAGGCGGGGGCCGGGGCCGGAGCGCGUCCCCAGCCCGCCCCCUCGGCCCCCGCGGCUCUGCAAACACGACUAUACACGGAUAGGUUGCUAGGUAGGUAGACACACUUGCGCGCGUGCACACACACACGCACACACACACACUCCCUGCAGACCGGCAGGCUCCCCGCCCGGCUGAGGUCUGUGAAGGCUUGAGGAGCUGUCGCCAAGUCCGCCCCCCAAUCCCCAGGCCCUCCUGCCACGUCACUCUGCCUUCCCGACGCGGCCCCGCUCCGCGCGGGGGACCACAGGGCCGGGGCGGCCGGCUCCCCGGGAGGAGACCCAGGGCCGGAGCCAUGCCGCCCCCACCGGCACACGCGGGCACCGGGCCCCAGGCCAGCCGCAGCACUGACUGGCCCUCCAGCCGCUCACCACCCUUUUAGAUGCGCCUGGGGGACACGCAGCAAGCCGCACGGUGACCCACGUGGCGCGGCCCGCUGGGUUCCCGCUUUUCUCCUACGAGUCGGACGUUUUAUAAAACCGAACCCUGGUUUUUUUCCUCUGAUAUCCUUUGUUUUUCGGAGUGGGGGGCAAAUCGCGUGGUGUUUCGCAGAGAUACAGAAAAUUUCCAAUGCAGUUGAAUAUUCUUUUUUAAACGCAGAGUUUCAAAACCUGUUUUUUCUCCCCCCCACCCCCCCGGGCGGCCCUCCUCGUGUCCUGGCUGCUGAGUGUCAAAGUCGUCACUGGACGCAUCUGUCCGUCUGCCCGGCGGUGGCCUCGGGGCCGCGCUGUACAUAGGCCCGAGCAGCGUCCCCUCGUCCCUGGUGCGGCCUCCGCUUCGUUUUUCUUUCAGAAAAUAAAUGUGCUGUGUUCACAGAAAGCCCUUCACCACGGGAGCGGAUGAGCAGUAGCUCGGUGUCUCGGUGUGUAAAACGGGAAACGACCUGUGGCUUCUCCGCGUGUGAAGGGAUGGGAGGCCUGAGGGGCAGCCGGCCUCCUGUGAAGGCUGGGCCGCCUGAGGGGGGCCCUUCCUGCCCGUGGGGCCACCCCCCGCCACGUGGAUGGCCCCGGCCGAGGGCUGCCCACAGAGCCCUCGCUGGGUGGACCCCCUCUGAUCCCUUAUCCGGGACCCUGAGCCCGAGGUCGGUGCCCAGAGUCGCAGCCGAGGACUGUCGAGGGGGCGCGAGGAGCCGGGGGAUGGCGCGAAAGUCCGAGAUUGUCUCCUUUAUGAAAAUAAAAUACCCUGAAUGAGCCA